AUGCAAAGCUUUCCCAACUCGGUCGGCUCGAUAUCACCUCGAUCAGGGAAUUACGUGGCCCCAGCCACCUGGACGGCGGCGGAACCAGCAGUCGCGGUAAUCAGCGCCUGCCUACCUAGUCUACGACCCCUGUUUGUCAGAAUCAUCUGGGGCCAAGCCUACCGGCCAACCCCGACGUCUCAACCGAGCAAUAAAAGGAGCUAUUCGGCAUCGUGGAGGAGUGGCAUACCCAGCAAGGGAACGAAUGGGAGCUUCGAUCGAUUGCAGGAUACAAUCAGUGGAUCAUCCAAGACGCCAUGGAGGAACAAUGUCAACGUCUACGGAGGUCAGGAUACAGGGAGCGAUGAGUAUGAGCUGGGGAAUCCGCAGGAAGCUUUGCCCGCUCGAGGGAUCCGGGUGAAGACGACUGUGACUGUGACGGAACGGGUGGUGUGGCAGGAUAAUUUGUUCUAA